AUGGACCCACGCCCACACAGUCCCACUGAGAGCCACCUACCCACGCAUAACUCCCAAGUAGUUCUUCAAAAUCACGGCCGGACUGUCAAAUCCACCAUCACGAUUAAAGGCGGCACUCUGAAACAGGUUCAGGUUGGCGAGAAAACCACUUACAUCGAUCGUGUCGUUGAGGGCAACCAACUGAAAACGGUCGUUCAGGUUGGUGAUGUCGUGAGCACGCGAAUCUACGUGAAGAUCUAA